GACAAUCACAACCCACGAUAUAACUAGUACCUACCUCUGGCACUGGAACCUUCUUUUUGAUAGCCGAACAAAUUUCAAAUAUCUCAUAGAUACAAGUGCGAUGACUACGCUUGUCUCGCUAUAUCUGAAGACCUCCGAUUAGUUGCAUUUGAACAACAAUUGCCUGUCUUGAACAGCUCCUUGGAAGGUGCGAAGUGACAUAUCUCGAUCACCUAAACCCGUACAUACGCUGGGUCCCUCCAUCCUCACAAUUCUCAAUUCUGCCCAUGCUCCAGCAAAGUCAAAACCCUUGCCCAUUACUUGAGCCAGUUGCGUGAACCUUACGACAAUGGACUACAGGUCGCAACCUACAGCAAAAGAGGAGUACACAGCGAAUGUUGAUCAGACAUUAAGAGAACUUCAAGAGAGAGUCCAACAACAUGAAAAUGAGCUGGAGAAGCUUCGUUCGGAGCAAAGCCAACCCCCAGAGUCAGCGGCUGGACAGGCGCGUCUCAUACAGGUGGCUCUCAAAGAGGUGACAGAGUCGGAUCCCUUUCUCCCCUCGCCAGGGUCGCUGUUACCGACGCUGUUGGCGUUCCGCAAGACUCACCAGACCAUUCAAGAGUCCAAAUCCUAUCUUGCCUCUCAGCGUGUAGGCCAUGAACAACUGUCGCGUCAGCUUGAGGCGGAUGAAGCGCGUCUCAAAGAUCAAAAGCUCCUUGGCGAUGCUCUGACUGCACGUAUCUUGUCGCUACGCGAUGAAGUGGAUGCGGGUACUCACGUCACCCCAGAAGAAGGGGCAAAGGAACUAUUGCAAGAACUCAGAGCUAAGAAGAAGUCUUAUGACAGAGAGACGUCAAAACUUAUGAAGGUUCUCCUUCGAUUCAUCGAUAAUCAUCUGGCACCCAUGCUUGCGGCAGAAGAGCUAGGAGGGCCUGUGGUUGGGGACCUUAUAGGUAUUGAUGGAGACGAUUUGGCCGUCGGAUUUAAUGCACAAGGGAAACUAAGGAAACCAAAGGACAGCGAUGAUAAAGAAGAUAAACGGCAACGCAGAAUCGAUGAGAUUUGGGGACAGGCUACUAAUGGAGGCACGGGGCGCCAGGACGAGAUUGCAGCUGCAGCUGCAGAGAUGAAGCAACUAACAGAGGAGCUUCUCAACACGCUUGCUGAAGCACAAGGUAAUAACUCAGCAUCAUAUGUGCAAUUGUCGCGUGAAUCUGCGGCUGCACGGUUUUUGGUGAGAUCUAAGGUUGCACAAUUCCAUCCUAGAGAUGCAACAAGGCUCAGACUGGUGGAUUUCGGACGAGAUCUGGAACCCUGAGUAAUAACAGAUAUAAUGAAAGCCUCAAGAACAACCCCAUAUGUCUUAUAGUUAUGUUUCUGUAAAGUCACACAAGUGAAUAUUCCCACCAUUGACAGAAGCUAAUCUCCCGAUGGUGAUUGUGGAGUUUGG